ACCUAAACAAAAUAAAUGUUUUGUUAUAUUAUUCAUUAUUUUUCUAGAGUUUGAGUAGUAAAUUGCCUUACAAUAUGUGUGGUAUUAUAUGCGAAAUAAGAAUCUCUGGAUGUAAAUCAAUUAUCGAUACAGAAGUACUUCAACGCAUUAAAAACAGAGGUACAGAUUGUUAUCAUGCAUCUGAGAUUUCCAACAAUAAAUUGGACCUAUUUUUUUGUGGUUCAGUUCUGUGGAUGCAAGGAACAAUUCCAGUUAAACAACCUCUAGAGAAUAACAAUGGAGUUUUACUUUUUAAUGGAGAUAUAUUUGAUGAAACUUGGAACAGUGGAAUAAAUGACACAGAAAUAAUUAUGGACAAACUUAGCAACCAUGUAGAUAAUUCAGAAGAACAUAUUAUAAGGCAACUUAAAUUAUUAAAGGGUCCAUUUAGUUUAAUUUAUUAUGAUAAAUUGGGCAGUAAUUUAUAUUUUACCAGAGACAGAAUUGGCAGAUGCUCCUUGUUAGUUUGUAAAAAGGAGAAUUCUUUGGUUAUUAGCAGUGUAAUGGGAAGAAACUAUAAUUGUACUGAAAUACCUGCUGGUAAUAUUCAAAAACUAAAUUUGAAUACUUUUGAAAUCACUCUGUAUAAUUGGCAAUAUGAGAAAUUUGAAAGACAAUGUGCUUUAGACGAAUGGCUGGAGGAAAUACAAAAUCAACAGAAUUUGCCUGAUGACAAAUUUACCUUUGAUUUUGAUUCAAACCUUGACCUCACUGAUGAGGAAGAUAUUAUUCAAACAAUAGAAUCAGAAAUAAGAAAAGAUAAUGAUAAAAUUACAUUCAUGAAAAAUUUAAUCAAUAUAGAAAGCAUUAAAAAUGUUAUUCUCAGAAUAACUGAUCUAUUAGAGAAAAGUAUUAAAAUUCGUCUGAAAACACAACCAAAUAAAUGCAAGAACUGUAUCAAAUGUGAAAUAUCAAAAUGUAAACAUUGUACAGUUGGUAUUUUAUUUUCCGGUGGACUUGAUUGUACUAUUCUGGCUUUAUUAGCGGACAAAUACGUUGAUAAAGAUCAACCAAUUGAUCUUAUAAAUGUUGCAUUUGGUAUAAACGAAAAUUCUUCUUUUGAUGUACCAGACAGAAUUACUGGUAGACAGUCAUAUGAAGAACUAAAAAGUGUAUGUCAAGCAAGGAAAUGGGUGUUUAAAGAAGUGAAUGUCCCAAAAGAUGUGUUGGAGGAUAAACAAAAAUCUACUAUUGCUGAUUUAGUAUUUCCGAGAAAUACUAUUCUAGAUGAAAGCCUAGGAUCAGCCUUAUGGUUUGCUGCUAGUGGAUAUGGAUGUACUUCAUCCUGCAGGGUUCUUUUACUUGGAUCUGGUGCAGAUGAGUUAUUCGGAGGAUAUCUACGGCAUAGAAAAGCAUUUCAAAGGCAAGGGUGGUUAGGGUUGUCCAAGGAGCUACAACUGGACUGGAAUAGAAUUUCGUUUAGAAACCUGUCACGUGACAAUAGAGUUAUAUGUGAUCACAGCAGACAACCAAGAAUGCCAUAUUUAGAUGAAGAUUUUGUUAAUUACAUUUUAAGUUUGAAACCGUGGCUGAGAUGUUUCCCUAAUGAAGCUCUAGAUUGUGGAGUGGGUGAUAAACUUAUGUUAAGGCUUGUAGCACUCAGUCUAGGUUUGACAAAUGUUGUUACGUAUCCCAAAAGAGCUCUACAAUUCGGAUCAAGAAUAGCCAAUAAGAAGCAAAAGGGUGGUGAUUUGUCUAAAAAUUUUUUAGAUUGUAAAUAA